CGUCGUCGGUUGUUGUUACUGACAAAUUUAUUACUGUUGUCCCCCUUUUUUCUUUAUUUAUCUAAAGAUAAUUAUUUUUAUCUCGUUAACAACAUUUAGCACCUUCUUUUGUGUCAUUUUUAUACAUAAGUUUCUUUUUUGUUCUUAUUUAAUUAACAAAACAAUAAAAAAAAAAAAAAACUGCAAAACCUUAUGACUCUUAUGAACGAGUCAUACGAUAUUUCUCAGAAUUUUUGCCAACAAAAAAGCGAUUUUUUUGGAAUUUCUUUAAGCUUCGCGUGUUGUAUGUUUGGCGGCUCUGUGACGUAGGCGCACGCUUUUGUGUGUGCACUAACCAAACCAACAUGUAAUUAGUAUGUGAUCAAGUUUGUUUUGACGCUGUUAUUAAGAUCGUAGAUACACAUUUUCAAGUUUUCAGAUACAAUUUGCCAGAAAAAUAAAAAAUUGCAUUCUCUCCUCGGUCGGCUAGAGUUAAUUUCAAUUUUUUAAUAUUUUUUUAUCUUAUCUUAAAUGGGGGUAUUUAUAUAUCUGGGGUGUAUAAAAAUGAUUAUAGUGUGUGAUCGGGAGUGAUUUACCUCUGCGCAGGCUAACCGUCUAUUAAAUAUCCAAUUUGAAUGCCUUCAACAAGUAUCUUUUUUAAACUUGUAUCUAUAUUGGCAUAUUAAUCUGCGAAAUAAAAUCGUAAAAGAAUAAAAAAAAAAAGAAAUCUUAAUAAGCUUAGAAGAUUGAAAUAAGAAAACAUAUAAGAAAAAAAAAAUAAAAAGAUACAUCGUGCAAUAAAUGUAUCUAAACAAUAAGUGAUUCACAGUGCAUUACACUCUCUCUAUAUUCGCGAAACCGAACCGGGUUUUACUCUUGCAUUCAUUCGAUCUCGGCUGCUGUUUGUUGGGGUCUUGAGAGUCUAUGAGAGUGUAGUAUCUUUUGUAUCUAUGCUGACUUUGCCGCCGCCGCAAACGCAGAUGGUUUUUACAUUAUUUUUAUGCGCUUCUUGGAAACUUUGGAAAACAUCUUUCUAAAUAAGGAACACACACAAGAGAUAUCCCCAGUCUUCUUUACUUGGCAGCUAACUAAAAAAAAAAAAAACUAAAACAAAAUAAACCACAAUCGUAUCUCCAGCUAGAACCAUACAGAGGUUGUUUUUCUCUUCACUACUCUCGUCAUCUUCUAACAUGGAUAUAGAAUCAGACGACUCGGAACGCUGGGAGGACUUCUUUGGAAGCUCAACAGAUCUCACACCCUCAUUAUUAGGAAUAUACGAUACCCUCACUGGCAGUCUAGUUGUUGAUAAUAAUCCACAAAAACGUCAAAGAAGCUUACCAGAUCUCACAGAAGUCAACACAGAAAAAUCAACUUCUAAUCAAAAUCUAAACAUCGAAGAAGACUCCAACGUCCUUAUCAAUUCAAAAUCACCAAAUCAUCCUGAAUCUGAUACCGAACAACGUUCGCAGAAAUUUGAAAGAAAUACAAAAAUUAGUCGCUCAAAUAUUUGUAUUCUUUCACACAACGUCCAAAGACUUCUUCACCACUCGGAUUCUUUAGAAAAAAUCGAUGGUGAUGCCAUAAGACAACAGAAAAUAAGUUCCGAGCCUAAACCAGCUCAUAAGUUUCUCAAGAAAAAUCAAUCGAAACAUCAGAUCAAGCUAUCAAACAUUCCCCUGUCAAAGAUAACUUCGAAACUGACACAAUCUAGCAAAGAACUUGUGGAGACUUUUAACUCUAGUACUGAAUAUUUGGAUAAUAUCGGUGAUAGAAAACAUCAACUACCACACACACCGAUUGUAUUCGAUAGUGAAAAAACUCCAACGAAUGCAACAAAUGAGGCUUUCAACUUUGAAGUUGCAACACCGAAGAAAUUGAUUCCAGUGACUCCACCGUCAUUACUUGACACCGACGACGAUAUUAUCGAAGUGGAGAAAGUCAUGGAACUUGGAGCACUCUACGAUCGAGAUACUAAACCUAAAAUGACUGACGUUAUCGAAGCUUAUAACUAUUCAGUAGGCUUGAGUCUAAGUGAGGUCUCUUCUACUAACACUGAUUCAACUGAAAAUAGCAUUUCUUCGGUAGAAAGUUCAUUAAAAAAUCUAGAACUAUCACCAACAGCAUCUCGUAAACAAAGUCCACAAUCUUCACCUCUGCUAACUUAUUCCCGUUUAUCAGCAAAUAAAGCUUCAACACCGAUCUCGUCCCCAUUAAACAAAACCAAUGAACAAUCCAAGACUUCAAUGGAAAGUCUUACAGAUCGUCUGAGUGACAUGAAAUCCAAAUUCUCACCAAAAGAAUCACGUAAAUUAAAACUAAUACCGCCAGAAAUUGCCAUUUUGAAACAUCGUCCACUAUCUUCUUCGUCAAUUUCUUCGACUUCGUCAAGUUCAAGUUCCGGAUCGGAACAUAUCAAACUUGCUACUUCGUAUUUAGCUAGUGUGGAGAGUUUAGCUGAUCAUAGUGAGAAUGAAAUUGAUAACCGACAUGGAACUUAUUCGGUUUUUGAACGAGCUUGUAUGGAACUUGCUGAUACUGAGAGGAAUUAUGUGGAAGAUUUGAGACAAGUUAUAAGAGGGUAUUUACAAGAUUGGAGAGAACGGGCCUGUCUACCUACAAAUCAGCUUUCGAUACUCUUUAGUAAUAUUGAAGAUAUUUAUGAAUUCAAUGUUACAUUGCUGAAGCUGCUUAUUAAUUCUGGAACAAACCCCGUCAAAAUUGCCAAGUGCUUUAUUGAUCUCAGGGAUGGGUUCGAUGUAUACACGACUUAUUGCACCAGCUACCCAGAGGCAAUAUCACUUCUAACAAGUCUCCUCCAGGAAUCCCAUACCAAUGCACUAUUAACAUCAACACAAAAAAUGCUCCAUCAUACAUUGCCAUUGGGCUCACAUUUAUUAAAGCCAGUUCAACGAAUCUUGAGGUAUCAUCUUUUGCUCGAUAAUUUACGUAAACAUUGUGAUGUCAAGGAUGUUGCUAGAGCACAUGAGAUCAUGCAAGAAGUUGCUGCAAAUAUUGAUCAAGUUAAAUGGAAAUUAGAACAGAAGAGCCGUGUUAAGGAACUGUCGGGUAUAUUGGAUGGAUGGAUGGGACCAAAACUUACUGUACUUGGUGAAUUACGACAAGAGGGUAUUUUAAUGGAACAUAGUAAGCCAAGGAGAGUUUUUCUAUUUGGUACAAUGUUGAUUAUAACGAAGCCGAAAGAAGAUGGAAGACUUCAAUUUAAGAGAUUAAUUCAACAAAACAACUUGAUGCUAAAUGAACAUUUGCCUGGUGAGCCAACAAGUUUCUACGUCAUUCCCUAUGAUGAUCCACGUAGUCAAAUCAAAUUGACAGCUAGAAAUCGUGAACAAAAACGAGUAUGGGCUCAAGAUAUCAAGAGUGUUAUGCUCGAGAAAUUCAAUAAUAUACCAAAUCGAGCUAGAGAACUUGUCUACAAGUUGGGUGAUGAGGAAGAUCGAACCCCUGACACCAACAAAUGGAAAUGGUCUCUCAACAACUCUAAGCCGAUUUAUCUUGAACGCCGAAAUGAAUGUCGUCGCAGUGAGAUUCGUAAUCGUUCAAAAAUCAAACGUAAAACUUCUGUCACCAAUUCAACAUCAUUUGAAGGUUUCAAUGAUAAAAAAUCUGUCCUUGAACAUCGUACAUUGUCCAAAAAUCAUAGCAUGGAUGAUAAUAUGAUGGCAACUUUACCAAGAACUGCCUCAUCAACUAAUAAUGAUGAAUGCCAUUGUUCGAAUGCUCCUGACUGUGACUGUCCUAGCCAAAAAUCGUCCACCAUUAAUCCGGCUUUGAGUAAAUUCAAUAAAGAACGAAGCAAGUCUGUGCCACGAAUGAGUGUUUUGUCACCCGAAAUCGAUGAUGAUCGAAUGUCCAUCAAAGAAAAUUUAGAUAGCCGCAAGUCUAAGUCGACCAAAUCGGUGGAAGUUAAAAUGUACAAUACCAAGACUAUACCUAAGAGAAUUGCCACUUUGAAGAAAAAUCGUUCGAAGAAAGAGACUUCUACGUUUUAUAUGGAUCUGAAUGAAUUCGAAGAAACGGUCUUGAGAAUCACAGAGUCCACGGAGAAUCUUAGUGAAAUCGAAAAAGCUGAAGAAGCCAUUCCUGAAGAGAUAUCAAAUAAAGACGAUGAAGAAGAAGUUGAAAAAGAAGAGGUCCCACCUGAAGUUUCUACAAAAGAAGAUGCCCAAAUAAUCCUCGACUUGUUGAAGAAUAACAAAGAUUUCGAUAGAAUCUACAAAAAGCCUCAAAAGAAGAAAUCUCUUGAAAACGGUUCGACUUUAAACAGUCCAGAACCUUUGGCUAGUCCUGAAGAACUUCCUCCACGACCUCCCUCAAAGUCUCCUCCGCCUCUAGAAGUCGAAGAACCCACAGAGUCAUCAGAACCUAUCUACGAAUCACUUCUAAGAAACGUUCAUGUACCGUAUAAAUUUUCACCGAUACUCAACCGGUCCAAGUCUCAACAGUAUUACAAGCCUCGGGAGAAGAAAUCCAGUCCAACCAACCGACCUGAAUCAGAUUAUGUCACUUUGGUCUAUUCAGCUUCAGGGAACCUACAAAAAAUCGGUGAUGAUUUAGUCGGUGGGGGUUUUUCUAGUGGUCCUCAGCUUCGAAGCAGCGAUUCGAAGAUCAAUUACGAAACAAUACCAACUAAAGAAGCUUGUCCAUCAGCUCCAACUUCACCCAAAAUUUCGAGUAUUUCCCAAUCCGAAGUUAUAUAUGCUCGUCCAGUAACAAAGAAUUUGGUUAAAAGACUGCUGAGCAGUUCUAAAUCUGAAAACGUAUCGGGCUCUGAAAAUUCGCUGAUCCCACGAGUUAGAAAGAGCGUCGAAUCGGUGUCGCUAAGUUUUGGAAAGUUCAACAAGCCUCCGGAGAGGCGAGUUUCUGACGUCACCGAUAUGUGUCGGCAAAGCUAUCUCCAUCGACAAGGCAGCGAAGCAGUGGGUGAGCGAAUAGCUAACGUCGAUUAUGCUGAUCCAAGAACCCUUUUUGCAAACGGUUCGGUGAACAAUUCUGUGGUGUCACUUAACAUCAAAGGCGAUUCGGUAUUCUCCCUCACUUCAUCCAGCGAUAGUGUUUUUGAUUUCUGCAAGAAAAAACGAGAUCUCCCAAUAAACCUGGAAUAUUUAGACAAAAUGGCAGCUUCUGGUCUUGAGAAAGACUUUCGUGAUUCAGCGAUUUAUAGCGAUGACAAUGAAAAACGUCAUGAAUACGGCGAUAUGCAAGCCAAUGAUAGUCCUCCACCACUGCCUCCACCACGAAAGCCCUUUGGCAUUUCAAACCCUGCUGUAAUUGUGGGACCUGCGCAUAUGUCUAGUUCAGCUUCAAGAAGUUGGGUUAUGAAACAGAUUGAGAAUUUUAGCCGGGAAAAUCAGCAAUAAAGAAAAAAUUUCAAAAAAAUAUGAAAAAAAAACCGACGAUUUUACUUAUAUAGACUUAGAGCCUAAGCCAUAUUAGUUAUUUAGGGUACAUUUUACAUAUUAUAUAAACUUUUAUAGUGUUAAAUUGCUUGUACAAUAUUAUUUUUCUUGUAAUAAUUUAUAUAAAAAUAAUAAAUAUAAUAAAAUAUUUAAUAAUUUUAAUAAAACAAAAAUUGCACACAUGUUUAUGUGAACUUUUUCAAGGUACUGUUUAAAUGAGAAAGCUUUAGUCCAAUCUACUAGAAUUUGUAAUUUUUUUUUGUAAAUUUUUCUUGGAUUGUUAAUAAAAAGAAAUAUUAAUUCAAUUUUUUGUAGAAAUGUAAGUUAUAUGCGAUCUUGUUAAACUUUUUUAGGGCAGUUUUUAUCAUGGAUCUUU